GAGGAUGCUCUAAGUACAUAUAGUGACCUUCUUUUUACUUCUUCCAAUUCUAGAAAAAGAAGAGGGCAAUCACUGCCCGCCGGCAGCAUCUCAAGAGUGUUAUGCUCCAGGUUGCUGCUACUGAACUUGAAAAAGAGCAACAAGCUAAAGAACAAGAAAAAGCCGCCUAUCUGGCAGAGCACUGUCCACCUCUGCAGCUCCCAGGCUCCAUGCAAGAACUGCAGGAACUAUGCAAAAAGCUUCAUGCUAAGAUAGAGGAAGUGGAUGAGGAAAGAUAUGACACAGAGAUGAAACUACAGAAAACUACCAAGGAGCUUGAAGAUUUGGGCCAGAAACUGUUUGACCUGAGGGGGAAAUUCAAGAGGCCACCCUUGAAGAGAGUCCGCAUGUCAGCUGAUGCUAUGCUGCGUGCUCUUCUGGGCUCCAAGCACAAAGUCUGCAUGGAUCUGAGAGCUAACCUGAAGCAAGUCAAGAAAGAGGACACUGAAAAGGAGAAGGAUCUGCGUGAUGUGGGUGACUGGAGGAAGAACAUUGAGGAGAAGUCUGGAAUGGAGGGCAGGAAGAAGAUGUUUGAAGGCGAGUAAGAAA